UUUGCCAUUUUUCUUCCGGCAUGAGGCUCCGUACACCUCUUUGCACAGAAUUUCGCUUAGGGACUCCGCCGUCCCUCUCGGAUUUUUGUGCAAUUGCAACGUAGAAUCAACAAUCAAAACAUUACAUUAAGUCAAGUUCCAUCAUUAAAUUAGUAGUUGAUUACAUUUCAAAUACAAUUCUAAACAGGUGGGUUUUUAGUCGAGAUUCAACACUCAGCUGUUUUGGAGUUUUCUGAAAGUUUGCUCCAAAUUUGUGGUGCAUAGAUGCUGAAUGCUGCAUAACAAUGACCAUUCUGAAUCUGUCCUUUGCUGCCUGUGGUUUUAUGGGAAACAUCUAUCUGAUCCACAGAGAUUCAAACUUAAGCAUGGAAGGUUAAAGAAAUUAAUUCAUUUCUGCCAAUAAUUCAAUAAAAAACAUUCUAUUUAUCUCAAAAGGAAAUGAAAUGUUGCUGUAACUAAUAUCAUCUAAUUAUCAUCUAAUUAUCUUCAGAGUUAUUGUGGAUGGUGUUACUGUGGGCAGUAAGUAUACACUAGCUUUCUGUCUUGCAGUAAAUCUGAAGGGCCCUCUGACUGAAGACUGAUGCUGAUUGGAGCAUAAAAUCUGGAGAAUAUCAUAGGACUGGAGAGCAUUGACCAAAAAGAGUGGAUUAAGGAUUCUCUAAUAAGUAUUAAAGAUGCUUGCUCUGAAGGAGUUGAAUGUCUUUGAGACUACAUGAGCAGUCAUUAAAAGUGGUAUUUUGUGUUGACUAUGUAGAAAAACUUGCUUUAUGGUUUGAUUAAUUUUGUCUUUUCCUGUUUCUUGCACCUGGCCAUCUCAGAAAACUGUUCUUUCAGUUCCUUCAGAGCAAUGAUAGAUGAAGGCUUACACCUUUUAUAGAGCAAAUGGUUUUUCUGGAAGUUGUCAUAUUGUUUUGUUUCUGCAGGCAUAACAAUGACCAUUCUGAACCUGUCCUUUGCUGCCUGUGGUUUUAUGGGGAUCUACCACCUGGGUGCGGUGGAGGCCUUUCUUCAUCAUGGAGAUAAGCUGCUGAGCUCCAUGAGGGCCUGUGCAGGAGCGUCAGGUGGAGCGCUGGUGGCUGCUGUCCUCAUCACAGCUCCAGAUAAGCUGGAGCACUGCAAAAAGUUCACCUACAAGUUUGCUGAAAGUGUGAGACAACAGAGGUUUGGAGCCAUCACACCAGGAUUCAACUUCAUGCUCAUUCUACGGGAAGCACUAGAGGAGAUUCUGCCAAGUGAAGCUCACAAUCUGGCCAGCAACCGACUUUAUAUCUCUAUAACUCACUGUAGGAGUGGGAAGAACCACAUCGUUUCCAGGUUUCCCUCCAGGGAUGAGCUCAUAAUGACUCUGCUUGCCAGCAGCUUUGUGCCUCUCUAUGCCGGGCUCAGACCGGUGGAGUUCAAUGGACAGGUAGCUCCACACUCACUGACUUUUAUUAAAUGGAUUGAUGGGGGGUUUACAGACAGCCUGCCCAUCCUGCCUGUGGGAACCAUCACUGUGUCUCCCUUUGCUGGACUGCAGGAUGUGUGUCCUGUCCACAGGGGGCGCUUCAACACUCAGCUCAGCCUUGUUAACAUGAAAAUUAUGUUUUCCAUUGACAACAUUAAACGUCUGAACCAGGCUUUGUUCCCUCCGUCCCUCAGCACCAUGUAUGCCAUAUGUGAGGAAGGUCACACUGAUGCUAUGCGGUUCCUGAAGCGAGAAGACCUUAUGAUCUGACUGCUAUAACCCUCAGGAAGCAAAGCACAAUUUCCAGGAGACUCCCGACUUUUCAGGGUUUUAUAAUAGUGUAAAUGAGGGAAGACGCUCAUCUUCUGCUGACUGGAGCAGAACAUCAUGAAGACACCUCAUUUGGACAUGGACUACUCAUCAAUUUUCCAAGAAGCCGUUUAAUUUUCAUAACUGAAGUACUGUGAGAUCAUGGAGUCUGGAAGCUUUGAAAAGUGUUUGAUGUUUCUGCAGGGUUACUGUUUGGUUUUCCUCCAGCAGGUGGAAAACAGGUGGUCAGCUGAGAAAAGCUCCCAUUGCUAAUAUAUAUUAUUGGUAUGAAAUGAUGGUCAGAAUUACAAUAAUUUAUGUAAAAUUUAUUUGAAUGACUGUUCUAUCCAUCCUACUUAACUAAGGAACUCAGAAGGAACUUCUUCAAGAAAUUCUUUCCCCUCUGUUUUUUGCAACUGUUUGCUCUUUUUCUUUAUUUUAACCUUAUAUUUCUUGAUAUUUAACCUAAUAAAUUUUU